AACAACCCCCAAACCAAGUCUUUCAUUGUCUGCCUCGAUAUCAUGGUGAGUGGCGUUAGGUUCUGCUCCUGAAGAGACAGGAGUACUGCAGCUGAUUGCUUUCUGAGCGCCGGUGUGGAGUUUUUUCUAAACACUAGUGGACAAACGAAGCAUAGGUUUCUACGUGGAAGAAUAGCAAAAAAAAAAAAUCUGAAAUUGUUAAUCGAGAACUUAAUUGGUCAAGAGUUACUCCAGCAAACAAAAAUCGUGGAUCAGCAUGAGAUUGUUAAAAUCGACAUAAACAUCUCUCAAAGUAAAGCAGUCCUUUGUGUGUGUGUGUGUGUGUUUUUAAAUUUAAUUUUAUUAUAGGUAAGCAUAGUGCCACCGCUUAUAGUUUUUCUAACGUUAUAGCUGUACGCCUAGUCCUUCAUCAUGACGACAAAGUCCUGUAUCAUAUACUGUACAGGGAUUAUUAUUGCCCAGUUACUGAUAAUAACUGGAAUCGCCUUGGUUGUGACUCAAGUCUUCCAAGCUGUUCUCCACAACCUCGUCAAAAAGCAAAUAGUUUUGAAGGAAGGCGCCGAUGUUUUUAAAUCCUGGCAAAACCCUCCUCCACCAGUGUACAUGGAGUACUACUUCUUUAAUGUGACAAACGCAGAAGCUGUGAUACAAGGUGGGAAGCCGUCUGUUGAAGAGAUUGGACCGUACACCUACAGAGAGUACAGGUCUAGAGAAAAUGUGACCUUCCUUGAAAAUGGUACGAUGGUAUCAGCUUUAAGUCCCAAGACGUUUGUGUUUCUUCGAGAUAUGUCGUCAGGGGACCCAGAGGUUGACCUGAUAACAACCGUCAACAUCCCAGCUGUGGCUGUUAUGGAGAAAGUCAAAAGUUCCAUAAUCUUGAGUUCUAUUAUUUCAUACGGGAUGCAGUCCAUUGGUGUUAAAAUGUUCAUGACACAUACCAUUCAUGAGCUUUUGUGGGGCUUCAAAGAUCCUCUUCUGACCCGACUUCGUGCGUUCAAACCAGAGGUCGAGGAAUACUUUGGGCUCAUGUAUAAGAAAAAUGCUACCAGUGAUGAUCAGUUUGUAUUCCACACAGGAAUACAGGACUACAAAGACUUUGGUAAAAUUGUCUCCUGGAACGGUGAAAGCAAAAUGAAGUGGUGGUCCUCGAAUGAAAGCAACAUGAUCAGUGGCAGUGAUGGAAGCUCCUUUCACCCACUGAUAGGAAAGAAUGAAUCACUAUCCAUCUUUUCACCUGAUCUGUGCAGGUCUAUAUAUGUAAACUUUGAAAAGGAGGUGGAAAUAAAAGGUAUACCUGCCUACCGAUUCUCCAUCCCAUCUGAAGUUCUUGCCAGUCCUGAAAUUAACCCUGCCAACACUGGGUUCUGUGUACCAGCAGGAAAAUGCCUGGGAACCGGAGUGUUAAAAGUUAGCGUCUGCAGAAAAGGAGCACCUGUCGUUGUCUCAUUCCCACACUUUUACCAAGCGGAUCAGAAAUAUGUUGAUGCAAUUGAGGGACUGUCCCCAAACAAAGAUGACCACGAAACCUUCCUAGAUAUUAACCCACUUACUGGUUUCCCUGUGAGAGCAUCCAAGAGAGCCCAGAUUAACAUUUUAGUGGAUCGAAUUGUUGGUUUCCCAAUAACCAAAAAUCUGAACCAGACCAUAUUCCCUGUGAUGUUUAUAAAUGAGAGUGUUGUGAUUGAUGAUGCAUCUGCCAAAAGAGUGAGGACAUUGUUGCUGAUUUCAACCAUUGUAACCAACUUCCCUUUAAUCAUUGUCGGGUUGGGAGCACUCCUGCUGGGUGUCCUAAUAAUCCUACUAUGCAGAUCCCGAAUGCAGAAGAAACCCAUAGCAAAAGAAGAUACUGCCUACACUCAAGUUGGUGAGAAGCCAGAGGAAAGCUGUGAAAACAACUCUUGUGCAAAUAUUCAGUUAAAGACGUACACAAGCACUUAAUACAUAAGGACGUCCCAGAGCGAACAUUGAAGUAGGGCAAAACGGGGUUGGGUUGGGGAGGGGAGGGAAGGGUACAUUGGGUUACUGGUGGGACAUCGCCAUAAUAAUUCUAAUAAUCGAGACAUAACUUCUUUCUUUCAUGUUUUUUCACACAUUGCUGGUAUUGACUAUCAUUUUAUCAUUACUUUUGAGGCAUAAGCAAUUAGGAAAGAACACUACCCAGGAACAAAAAAAAAUAAAUAAAAAAAUUGUUACACGGUGUAAUGCAUAAGAUACAGUUUUUUUAUUAAAAAAAAAAUCUGGCAGAGCUGUAAACAGCGCUCUGCUUCUACUUUCCGUUUUGAAUUUCUUCAGUGUUUCUGUGAAAAUCGGAAAGAAGGCCAAAUAUUGUUAAUCACGACAAGUGUUAUAAAUUGUAUUUAUUAUUGUUAUUAUUUUUUUUGUGUAACUUGCUUUACAUCUACGUGGCUAAAAUGAGUAUAAUGUAGGCAGUAAGCUUUUUCAGUUAGUUGUAUAAUUGUGAAAUAAUAUUGCUGUGAUGGACAUGCCUGUCUCCUGGUAGAUUUCUGAGGCAUAGUUCCCAGGGGAUUUGCAGAUGUCAUUUUAGAUUAGCUAGUGUAGCCACCUGCUGAAGGAACGAACCCACAACUUUAGAAUUCAGAGGUAUCUGUAGUAACCAUCACAGCUGUAUUUCCAUGAGCUUCAGUGUGGCACAUUUAUUAGAUUGUGUUUUUUCCAUAGAUACGGAACAACAUUAAGGCAUUACUGGGUACGUAAAGUGACUGAUUUUUUUUUUUUUUGUGCUCACUCAGAUUACUGCUCAAAUGUACUCUGAGCUGCUCAGGAGGAGUGGAACUGAGCAUGCCGUUGAGUGGGUUCUUUCACUGAGCUGCGCUGAGGUGCUCACUUAAUCUGCACACCACGAUGUACAGUUAUAGCCAGUAAUGAUGUGGAACUAUGUGUAAAGCAUCUGGAAUAUAAUUUUUAUUAAAAUAAUCCUGAACCAAAAAAAUAAGACAUGUACAAUGUGCUAAAAUUUAAACAAAAUAUGUAUGCAUAUAAUGAGCAUAACAUAAAAGUAUGCAUAUAUUCAGAGACCACACAAUGUAAAACAUGAUGUCCCAUACACACUCACGGCAAAAACAACAUA